AUGGCACUUGAGUCGAGACUACCUCCAAGCUUGACUAGCCUGUAUCGCUUGUUUCUGCGGGCGGCCUCUGCUUCUGUUCUUGACCAGCACACGGCGCGCAAGCAGUUGCGAAGGCUUUGGAGACCAAACUUUGAAUCAGCAGCUCGGAUCAUACGCGACCUUGACCGUGCAGAUACUGUACCGACGGAGAGGGCAAGGCUCGAGGAGGCGUUGCGCGUCUGGGAACAACGUGCCGACAAUACACUCGCUCUCCUGAUGAACUCGAGCGGGUCUCGCGGUCUCCCGCAUAAGCUCACCCGGAAUCUCGCGAGCUUGAACUAUCACAUCAGGGACACCCAUACGCCCAAAGCGGGCCCACAAUGGAAAUCGUCACCGGACUAUUAUGUCGAUCUCGAAGCAGCUUUCAAGAAUCGCCUUAAACAAGAACGAGGGCAGAGCAAGGGCGCAUCCCCCGAAUAUAAUCGACAGGCAUGGGGAGCGCUCGAAGAAGUCGUACGCAUGGCUGAAGGGUCUGCGGGAGUCUUGCUCGGACAGCCCAAGUAUCGACGCCGGCGUGCAUGA